AUGUCGUCCGAAUCCGAUGAAGAACAAGAGGAGAUUAGGCAUUUCAGUCACAACCAUGGGUUAUCGCUCAUGACGCUGAGUGAAAGGAGGACAGAUGCGGUUCAAUGCAAAUUAUGCAAUAAAGAUUGCGAUGAAGGUCGGAUCUACGUUUGCAAGAAAAGGAAAUGUAGCUGGUUCGCCCUGCACCAAUCAUGUGCAAUGGGAGUGCAAGUGCUACGGCAGGAGUUGUACAACCCCCUUCACCCACACCCUCUUGCCCUUCAAUACCCAAAGCCAGGAAAACACUACUUUUACUGUAAUGCUUGUGGCAGCCGCCAUCAGCUUUCCUUGGCCGCCCACUCCAAGAUCUUCCGCUGCGACAAGUGCGACUUCAACCUUGAUGAUCAAUGCGCUUAUAUAAGGCCAGCGAUUGAAGAAAGCCGCCACCGCCACCACCAGUACCACCAGCAUCCAUUGCUACUCUUGGAGAAGAUCCCUAUCGAUCGCAUUUACUGCCGCCUAUGCGCAACAUACAUCUCGGACCCGACGUCCUAUGGUUGCUUGCCAUGUGGCUUCUUUCUCCAUCGAUCUUGUUUUGAGCGGAACUUGCCGCAACAGAUCCAACACUUCUAUCAUCCUUGCCCUCUCAUCUUGUACACCCACCCAGAUGAUUACUCUUCUCCUUGCAGAGCUUGUGACCAAUUCUGGCCCAAGAAAGCGUGCCUUUACUAUGGGUGUAGUCGGUGCCGUUUUGCGAUGGAUAUUGACUGCGCUCUAUUGCCCACGAAGUAUACCCAAUCUGAACAACAGAUCGUUUUCCAUUUCCUCCACGGGCAUCCAUUAAUGUCACUCGCUCAUGAGAUCAAGGCUGAUCAUCAUGACCAAGUGAUCAUCAUCAACAAAUGCUAUCUAUGUGGGAAAGGCUGCACAGAUUCCACCCAUGCUUAUGCUUGCUUCUAUCCAUCCUGUAAGAACAAGGCCGUUUACAUUCACAAAUCAUGCCUUGAGUUCCCGCAACAGAUCUGCCAUCCCUUUCAUCCUUACCACCCUCUCACCCUAAAACCCAGGGAGAAUAUUAUUCGAUGCAAUGCCUGUCGCGAAUUAAUAAGGGAUGAAAACUCGUACGUUUGUGAGUUUAGCAAUUGCAGCUUUGGCUUGCACAUAGAAUGCAGUCGUGUGAUAAGGCCCCCCAUAAACUUCGAAGGCCACGAUCACCUUCUACAUUUCAGGGACAACGUAAGUACUGAGGAUUGCAGUGCUUGCAAUUUACCUUGUGAAUCAUAUGGUUUCAGUUGUCCGUAUUGUGACUUCAAUCUCCAUCUUACGUGUGGUCCAUUACCAUCUAGUAUUAACCAUAAAUGUCACGUCGAUCCCCUUAUCCUUACAAAUUCUCCCGUUGAAGAUAAUGAGGAUUGCGAGCCGGAAGAAUUCUAUUGUGAUGCUUGUGAGGAGCAAAGAGACCCAUUAUUACCCUUCUAUUAUUGCGCUGAAUGUCGUUUUGUUGCUGAAGUUAAAUGCGUCAUCUCAAAGUGUCUUGCAAAGCAUGUCUUAAUGGGAAUUUAUGUCGUCCUGACGGUAGAGACAGUAUCUCACUAUCUUGUCUUGUUACGUUCUCGUCUUGACAUGACAUCCAACGAGAAAAGUAGUAACUCUACAUCACGUUUCCGUCUUAACGGAACAGCCAACAGGAAAGGCAUUAACUAUGUGUCACAUUUCCGUCUUAACGGAACAUCCAACGAGAAAUGCAAUAACUCUAGUUUUAAGGAAAUGUUUGAGCAUCACUUGACGGUCAAAAAUGAAACAACUCGUGAAUGUGAAGUUUGA